UUGAAAAUACUCGCUACUAAUUACACAACCGAAUUAGAAGCGAGCACAACUUUCAUGCAAACCAAGCAAAUGCUGCUGGAAUUGAAAGGUGAAAUUAAAUCAAACAGUUAAAGACAGUUGUGGAAAUGUCAGGGCAUGGCCACAGUCAUGGAUGCGGUGGGCAUGACGACCACGACCAUAUAACAGAUGCGGAAAAGGCAGCUGCUUACAGUUUAUUUCUGAAAAUCGACACUCAGAGAGUUGAAUGCCUGAAUGAAGCUGUUGAUGGAUCUGGGAAAGAUGUUUUCAAACCUUGGGAUAAGCGAUUGGAUAAGGAAAAGUUUGUGGAAAGUGAUGCUGAUGAAGAACUUCUGUUUAACAUCCCAUUCACUGGAAGUGUGAAGUUAAAGGGAAUUAUUGUCAUUGGUGGUGAAGAGGACACUCAACCUAACCUGAUGAGAAUUUACAAGAAUCGGCCAAAUAUGACCUUUGAUGCGUGUGGUGCUGAACCUGACCAGAUGUUUGAGUUACACCCGGACCCUACAGGAGCGUUAGAGUAUAGUACCAAGGUAGCCCGAUUUAAUUCCGUGGAACACCUUUCCAUCCAUUUCCCAAGUAAUUUUGGUGCAGACAAUACGAAAGUGUACUACAUUGGUCUGAGAGGAGAUUUUACAGAGGUGCAUCGACAUGAAGUAACCAUAUGUAACUAUGAGGCCCGAGCUAAUCCAGCCGAUCACAAAACCAACAUACUUGACAAUGUUAACCAACAAAUCAGCUGAUCACUGAGACGUCAUUGUGUAUAUCAGCCGAUCACAAAACCAACAUACUUGACAAUGUUAACCAACAAAUCAGCUGAUCACUGAGACGUCAUUGUGUAUAUCAGCUGAUCUGUGGAAUUUUUACUUGAUCACAUUCGUUUUGCAUAGAAGAUGACUUUCAUCCGUGUCCUACUCUGAAGGUCAAUUUAGAUAUGUAUUUAUAUUGCACUCUAGGUACAUAGCUUCAUUACUUAUAGUGAUAUAUUAGACUGAAACUCUGUGUCAUGUGAAUUUCACAGACUGCCUCUAUCUCGCUAGGCCAAUUACAGCGGGAAGAAAACUGAAUAUAUCUUUUUUUCAGAAAUAGAAAUUCUCAGUCAUCUUGGCCUUCACUUCCACUUUCAUUUGUGAUAAUUUAUAUGCAGCUUUCUUCUACAUCCUCAAUGCCAGCAUUUCCCAGAAUUAGCCACUCUCCUUCAUUAGCAACAUUCAGCAACGUCUUGUGAAAAGUUGUGUGGAAAAGUUUACCUUCGUUGCCAUACAGCUUGUAGUCCUACAAGUAUCAGCAUCGUGAUAUAUCAUUGAGUUUGCUAGCUAUGACUUGUGGUGAAAGAAGUGUUUUAUAAUUGAAUUAAUAAGACAAUAGUUAUAUACUGGCAAACUUGUGAUCUAUAUUACAGUAAAUACUGCGAGGAUGCAGACAAAUCAUUGGGUUUGCUAGCUAUGACUUGUGGUGAAAGAAGUGUUUUAUAAUUGAAUUAAUAAGACAAUAGUUAUAUAGUGGCAAACUUGUGAUCUAUAUUACAGUAAAUACUGCGAGGAUGCAGACAAAUCAUGA